AUGGCUCAAGUGCCACCCAUCCAAGCAAUGGUCCACACAGGUCCCUAUCACAUGUUAAUUGCUUACUGUGAUGACAUGCACCUGUGGCUCUUUGGGGAUCACCAUCAAGGGUUCAUAUCUCUGGGUAUGGUCCCCUGUCGUUUCUCCAUCAGCUGCCUCAGCUAUGACUCAGAAACUGAGAUGCUUCUCUCUGGUACCCUGGGGGCUGUGGUCACCUGGUUUAUCUUGCCGAAUGGCAGGGGCCUGCAAAUGGCCCAAACUGUGCCUAUGCCUGGUGGUGAGCUUGUUCAAGGCUUUUCCCUGAAUGCCCCCCCGGGCUCCCUGCUGGCUCAUUGUGAAAAUAAGGUGAGAGUCUUCACCCACCAAGGUCAGGGCCAACUGGAAGAGGUGAAGAAGUUCACUCCCAUCAACAGUGGCUCCACCAUCACCUGCUCCUUCACUUGUUUAUCUCAGGGCUACUUCUAUGUUGGAAACAAGGAUGGAGAAAUCCAUGCUUGGGGUCUAGACCAAGGUAACUUCCUCCACAGCUUCCAGGCUCAUUCCUCAUCAGUGAUGUGUAUCCAAAGCCGGUCAGAGACCUAUACCUUACUAACAGCGGGUGGUGAAGGUGUAGUGAAGGAAUGGAACCUUGCCUUUGGGAACUUGCUGCGGCAGCUGGAUAUUGAUAAGAACAUGCAGAGACUGCAGUUCAUUGAUAAUAGCACCUUUUUCUGCCAGACUAACCACACUGUCUCAUUGUAUCACCUGCCCUACUUUUAUAGCCUCUUCAAUAUCUGUGGUUCUGCUCCCCAGGAGGUGCGGCGGGUCUGCUGUGGCCAUAAUUGGACUCGGAUCUUAUGUGCCACUAAGGAUGGUCUGUUGCGCUUCUUGUCUCCAGUAACGGGAGAUCUCCUGGUUAUCACCUGGCCUCUACUUAUCAUGGAUCAGGCUGUGGCUUGGGCCUAUGACUCACACAGAGAGGAGCUCUUUGUGGCAACAGAUAGUUCAGAGGUGCUGGUGUUUGAUGCAACACGCUCUCCUUGCACAGCCAAGUAUCUUAUGUGUCCUUCAGGAAGCCUUGGGGAUAGAGUCAAAUGCCUGGCCUAUGGGCAGUACCAUUUGGGUAAGGGCCUUGUAGGACUGAUGUUCAGUGGGCAUGACAGCGGCACUGUGAGAAUCCUCUCCCACUACAGCUGUGCCCGAGCAGCAAAGAUUCUUCACUCUGGGGCAGUCCUGGCAUUGUCUACCCUGGAGGGUCCCCAGGAGUACUCCUUGCUCUGUUCCUAUGGCAUGGAUAAUACUGUAUAUCUGACAGAAGCUGUUCUGCAGGGGGACAGGGCAGUCCUGCAGCCUGUCAGCAAAAUUCUCUGUGUUUGCCCCCUAAAACACGUGAUACUCUUGCCAGGUUCUGUGGGUGCCAUCACUGAGAACCACCACUGGCAUCUCUGGAGUUAUCAGGACUUUCUGACAUCUCCAGGCUCAAAGCAGAGAUCUGAGUUUAAAGAGACAAAAUGCCUGCACCAGUGUGCCAUCACUUCAUUUGAUGUUUGCCUUUCCCUGAAACUUUUUGUCACAGGGGACUAUAACGGCUCAGUCCGGAUCUGGGACUUCCAUGGGAAACUCAUAACCGAGUUGGACUCUGCGCUACAUUUUGGCCCACUGUGCUUUGCCAAUAACCGGGGUGACCUGCUUUUGACUUUUAACCAGAGUCUUUACCUGGUAUCCUGCUUAAAACUGCUCCCUCCAGCCCAGCUGAUUCACCUAACUCUCCUGGACAAUGCAGAUGACAUACAAGAAGCCCCUAAACCCUUCCUGCCUAGCUUCUUCUUUUCAUUCGAAAAAGUAUUUGUACCCAAAUUUGUCUACUUUGGUCAAGGGUCGCAGGAAUUACAGGGGCUAGAGGCCCUUGUUAACAAACGGAUGAUUGCCUUUGACCAUACUGUGCCCCAUGUUGUAGAGGAAGAGAGGCCUAAGUCCUCUGUGAUACAGGAGGAACCCACAUUGCAUUUUCUGGAAGAUAAGUAUACUGAUUUUCCUACUCUUACUCCCAAGCGUGAUCGUCCCCCAUUCGUGGUUCCUUCUCAGUUGCGACUGGCCGGCUGGGAUGGGUUGAAACCCUACCAGAUAUUAUGUCAUUUCUUUGGUCAAGGGCGGCCUUGGCCCUUUCCUCCAGAUGGCUACAUCCCCAACUCAGUGAUCCGUGCCCGUCUUUGGCCUGAGGGUACACCCGUCUUCUUGCACUGUGAUCUCCACCUAUCCUACCAAGAUAAGGACUGGGACAUGACUGGACUCAGCAGAAGUCAGGCAGUGUCACCUGUGACUUCAAUAAAACAGAAAAUCUCAAAGAGGAAACCAGACCAAAAACCCAUGCUGGGGAAACAAACUUUCUUUGAUAUUCUUGUAAACUUGGCCAGUCAAAAUUGGAUGGGAAGAAAACUGGAUGAAGGACUUAUCAAUACUAUAAUUGAGACCGUCCUCAACCUCAGAGUUUACUGUUCUAUAGAGCAAUACAAGACAUAUAUCAGUAUCCUGGCACAGAUUUUUGCCUCCCAUCAAGUAUCUCCAAGGUGGCACUCUGAGACUGCUUGUUGCCUCAUGGAAGACACAACUCAUUCCAAUCCAGAGGUCCGGGAGACAGCCUGGGAGGGAUUGGAGAAGCUAGGCUUCAUGAGCCGUCUCUUUGCGAUUCCCCUGGCUGUGGGAUUGAUGGACAGCGAUAAAAAUGUGCGGGCUAAGGCCUUAUACCUUAUGGCAAGGGUCACGGGCAUCCAAACUAAGAGCCUGCUGAUAGCUCUGCUGAAGAGACGAGACAUUCUCAAGGAAAUGCAGCAAGACUUUAUUGGAGAAAUCUCUCUGGACCAGCUGCUGGGAAUUCAAGCUAGUGGUAUCCAGUACCUGCUUACUCAGGUGGAACAGCGGUUAAAUGAGAACCUGACCCUGUCACACAGAGAGGAGAAACCUCCUUUGGAAGUGGAAGCUCCAACUAAGAAGAGGAUAGACAAGGAGAGGCUCAUUGAAGGAGAGGAGGAGGAGGAGGAGGAGGAGAUUCUGCCCAAGAAAGAGAAACGGAAAUACCUGAUGAAGAAGAAGGAAAAGAAAGAGGAAGGUGGGGAGCCACACAUGGAGGAGGAGGAGGAGGACCUCAGUGAGGAGGAGGAGAGCCAAAGUGAGGAGGAGAGUCUGAGUGAAGAGGAAGAGAGCCUGAGUGAGGAGGAGAGUCUGAGUGAAGAGGAAGAGAGCCUGAGUGAGGAGGAGAGUCUGAGUGAAGAGGAAGAGAGCCUGCAUGAGGAGGAGAGUCUGAGUGCAGAAGAGGAGAGCCUGAGUGAGGAGGAAGAGGGCCUGAGUGAGGAGAAGAGUCCGAGUGAGAAGGAAGAGGACGGCCUAGGUGAGGAGAAACAUCUGAAUGAAAAAGAGAAGAGUCUGAGUCAGGAGAAGAAGCUGAGUGAGGAGGAGGGGGAGAGGCUGAGUGAGAAAGAGGAGGAGAGCCUGAGCGAGGAGGAAGAGGGCCUGAGUGAGAAGAGGCUGAGCGAGGAGGAGAAGCAUCUGAGUGAGAAGAAGAGUCUGAGUGAAAAAGAGAAGAGUCUGAGUAAGAAAGAGAAGGCUCUGAGUGAGAAGGAGAAGAGUCUGACUAAAAGGCUUGAUUCCCCAGAUGGGGACUGGAUUAGUAAUGCCUUAAUAAGACUGGAAGCAGGAGAACAACUUUCAAGGGACAGUUUCCAUAGACUGAGCCAACUCCUCAAGCACCUCACUUCAAAGGGAUAUUUGAAACAGACCCAUCUGUACAGUCUUAAAGCUGUGGCUAAACGCCUCCAGCAGAACCUACAGGUAGGUCACAGAGAUAUAUCACGACGCUAUAAAGAUGCUUUGAGCCCAGUAUACAUAAAAGCGAUCCCUCCAAUCAGAAGGAAAGAAAUGGAGAGCUGGGGAGAGUCAUUCCCUAUCCAUGAGCCACCCAUCCCUACAUCAGCAUUACCAUCAAUGACCUACAGGGUUCAAGACCCAAAGGCUCUAACUUGGCUUCUUUUAGGAAAGCCUUACAGGAGUGCACGGGCACAGCAAUUAUCCCAUGUUCUCCAAGAGAUGGGAAUGCAACACUUUCAUCCUGCCACAAGAGACAUUUUCACAGGUGCCCAUGCUUCUGUGGAAAAACAAACUCUGGCACUGAUGUUUCAGAAUGAUCUCAGGGCUCUGAAGGGUGAAGGCAGGGCCCUCAAGCUGCCCCAGCUGGAAAAGAAGGCACAACCUGUCUCUAAAGACAAGGAAGAGCUCCCCCAAUGGGAGACAUUUGUGGCCUUAUACCAUGUUCUGCGGAUGUUGCAGAAGCAAUAUGCAAGAGACAGUGCUGCGUGGAUGGAACAGUUCAAACGUCUCAUGGACUUGUACCAGCUCAAGUCCCCCCGAAUCCAGAGGCUGCUACUGGAGUUGCUGCAGAGAAAGAGACUCCAACCACAACAGACCAUCUACGAAGAGGCUGCAAGGAUCAAGGAGUUGGUGCCUGGUGAACGGUUACUCUGUGACCUGAUGUGUGGUAGUUCUUAUGCCCCUGCAGGUCCCCUUGAAUUCCAGAAUGUUGUACCCUUGCCUGGGCAGAACAGAGUGCAUACUAUCCAACCCACGGGCAUUGCCCAGUAUGGAUUCUUAGAACUUGCCUGGAAAAGGCUACCAAAAGCCAAUUCUUACCGUAGGGAGAAGCUGCCCAACAUCCCUACCCCUACUCUCUGA